CUUUUUAGGGCGAAUUUAAAGAAUCCCCACGAGGAAGUGUUUCUUAAAUGAAACCCCGACACACAAAAACAAGGAAAAACAAUUGCUCCGGAGUGUCAACUUUAUGAUUUAGCCCAACUACCCUGUGCAGAACAGCAGAGUCAUCCCAGGCGGAGAACAGGAAAAAAAAAAGUAGACUGCCCCGCUUUAACGUUUGCGGGGGACCCUAUAGCAGCUGCGGGGAAGGAAUUUCAAGAAUGAUUUCAUUUAUAAUUUCGCCAUAUCGUGUUCAAAUAUGGACAUGAACUUGUUGGAAAAUAAGAAGGAUGCUGCCUGUUCCAGGACACGCCCUGUCGCUGGAAAGAAGUGCUCUCUCCAUCGCGCAUUCCGGUCCAGUCUACCAAAUCGCGGGCUGUACGUGUCCCUGCGUUGAAAUCCCAUCAAAUGACAGCCCAAACUAGAUAAUAGCAGGCUUCCCAUCGCCUUCCUCAAAGCCGCACCGGGGCUGCGAAUCUCGCCAAAGAAGAGAGAAGAGUGUCUACCUACCGGGCAUGUCUGCUAGAGUGGCUCAUGCGCAGGACACACACCACCACUCCGCAGAGAAGCCCCUGAUUCAGUGCUACAAGUGUGGGGAGCCAUGUAAGGGCGAGGUGCUCCGCGUGCAGAACAAGCACUUUCACCUCAAGUGCUUCACCUGUAAAGUGUGCGGCUGUGACCUCGCCCAGGGGGGCUUCUUCAUGAAGAAUGGGGAGUAUCUGUGCACCCUGGACUACCAACGCAUGCACGGCACCCGCUGCAACGGCUGCGGAGAUUUCGUGGAGGGAGAAGUGGUCACUGCCCUGGGCAAGACCUACCACCCUGCCUGCUUUGUCUGCACCAUCUGCAAACGACCGUUCCCUGCAGGGGACAGGGUGACCUUUAACGGGAAGGACUGCCUGUGUCAGUACUGUGUGGAGCCCAUGUCUCCAGGACCAAAGGACAUCCUAGGCUCCAGCAAUUGUGCUGGAUGCGGCCGGGACAUCAAGAACGGACAGGCUCUUCUUGCACUGGACAGACAGUGGCAUCUGGGCUGCUUUAAGUGUAAGGCCUGCAGCAAAGUGCUGACCGGGGAGUACAUCAGCAAGGAUGGCGCCCCCUACUGUGAGAAGGACUACCAGAUCCAUUUUGGAGUUCAGUGUGAGGCGUGUCAUCAGUUCAUCACAGGGAAGGUGUUAGAGGCAGGAGAUAAGCACUACCACCCCAGCUGUGCGAGAUGCAGCAGGUGCAAUCAGAUGUUCACAGAAGGAGAAGAGAUGUAUCUGCAAGGAUCAACAGUCUGGCAUCCCGGCUGCAAGAACACCACCAGAACAGAGGAGAGGCACAGGGAGCGGCUAUUGCCUCCGUCCCUCUUAUUCCUCCAAAAAACAGAAAGGCAGCCCACGAGGUCGUCAUCUGAGAGUAUUUGUUCCAGACCUGGUUCAAGCAUACCUGGCUCACCGGGUCACACAAUCUAUGCAAAAGUAGACAAUGAGAUCCUUGAUUACAGAGACCUAGCUGCCAUUCCAAAAGUCAAAGCCAUUUAUGACAUUGAGCGCCCUGAUCUUAUUACCUAUGAACCUAUGUACACCACCUCCCUGGAUGAGAGAGAGGAGAGACGAGAGAGUGUGGGAGAGCUCCACACUGCCAGGAGGGAGCGCUCCCCUUUGCCAGAUGACAAGUCCUCAAGAAACAUGUCACCAACCCCGUCUGGUGAGGGCUCUUAUGACAGGAGGGACCGCAUCCUCCAAAGGUCCACCAGUCAGGGCUCCAUAGGAUCGCCAGUGUACAAUCGCCAUGGUUACACCCCCACGUUGUCACGGUCACCGCAGCAUUUCCACAGACCAGAGGCUCUGACAGGCAUGCAGAAGCUCUGCUCCUCCCUGUGCAGUAACAGUGUGGGCUCCAGAAAUAGUGACUCCCGCCCCACCUCCCCUUUCAGACACCACUUCCUCCCCCAUAGCCAAGGCACCGACCCGCCGAGUGGCCGGAGCUCCCCUCUCCCGCUCAGGCCCGACAGCCGGCCGGUCACCCCGCCUCUCUCUCAGACCCCUAAACAUUUCCACCUCCCAGAUCAGGGGAUCAACAUCUACAGAAAGCCGCCCAUCUACAAACAACACGACUGUGACGCAGACACUGAUAGAUCAGUUCCCAUGGUUACCAACCUAGAUACAGCUGCCAUAGCACGUCAAAGCAAGUCUGCUGAUGAGAUCAUCAGAUCCGCCACCUUCCCCGCUGCCCAUGCUCCCUCUCCAGACGACAGCUCUCGGAGUGAGGGCGACCGUUGGCCCUACUCGCUCACUGUGUUAGGUUCAGGAGAAGGGAGGAGACGAUCUAGAGAAGAGGAGGAGGAAGAGGCCUUGAAAAGAAAGCAGCUCCAGGAGGAACAUCUCAAUAAAAUUCAGUCCGGUCUGGGGAAGCUAAUUCUGAAGGAGGAGAUGGAAAAAGAGCAGAUCAGGGAGCGUCAUGCACGCAGCCUCUCGGCUCAGCGCUAUGAUCCCAAACAGACCAACUGUGACGCAGAUCCAACUUCUCCAACCAAAACGAACUCUCUGCCUGGCUACGGAAGGAACGGGCUGCAUCGGCCUCAGUCGACAGAUUUCACCCAGUACAACAGCUACGGUGACAUGUGUGGAGGAGGCAGAGAGUUUCAGCACAUUAAGGAUGGCCGUGCAGCACUUGCAAGGAUGGACAGGGGAGUAUCUAUGCCUAAUAUGUUGGAACCAAAAGUGUACCCCUAUGAAAUGCUCAUGAUAACCAGUAGAGGGAGAGCUAAACUGCCCAGGGAUGUGGACAGAACCAGACUGGAGCGCCACUUAGCGCCCGAAACGUUCUUUGACAUCUUUGGAAUGGAGAUCCAGGAGUUUGACAGGCUUCCCCUGUGGAAACGCAACGACAUGAAAAAGAAGGCCAAGCUCUUCUAGCGCUCAGAGCAGCAUGCAUAUUCUGUACAUUCAUUCAGAUAGCACACAACAACUGUAAUCUAGAUGUAGGUUUUUUUUGGUUGAUUUCCUUUUCUUCUGGAUUCUUUUGUUUUAUCCUGACAUAAUCAAGGAAGCCAUGAAACGGACUCUUUGCUCUGACGCUUCCCGAGACUAUGAACUGAAAGAUUUGUCCAGUUAGACUUGCACAGUAAACAAUGAUUGAGAAUCUCUUCCAUGUUCAAAAAUGACAAAGAAUGAAUGAUAAAUAGGGUCAUGUUGUUUGGUUUCGACUGCGCUUGUUUUACUUCUUGCUUUGCUUUCGAGUGGAAAUGCUUUUCCUUUCUUUCUUGCUCGUUUCUUCCUACUCUUCGUUGCUGUUGAUUCCUGUGGAACUUUGUAAGUACAGUAGAACCUCAUGGCGCCAUUAUGAAAAUGUCCAUGCUUGUAGCUUGAACAUGUGUUAGCUUUCCUUGCUUGGGCUGAAACAGUUUUAGUCCAAAAUUUGCAAGAAUUGGCUCAGUGAGUCUUUGAAUAAAAAAUAAGUUUAAAAAAAAAAA